AUGGCGAUUCCGGGCUACAAACAUUUCAAGAGUGAGGAUUGGGUCGACCCGACACCACCGCCUGCCGAUUUGCCGCAUGUCGAUGAGGUCGGCAGCAGCGGGGCGCCGCUAAAGUCAGCGUCCUUCUUCAUUGGCAGCGUAUGCCAAGAGUACAACGAGGACUUCAUGCUGUGCAAAAACGAGGACCGUGACCCGAAGCACUGCCUGGCGGAGGGCCGCAAGGUGACGCGCUGUGCCAUUGACGUGCUGGAGAAGAUCCAGGCCAACUGCGCGACCGAGUUCCGCACCCACUGGCAGUGCCUGGACAACAAGAACCAGUCGUUCAACAAGUGCCGUGCGCCUGAGAAGGAGUACAACGCGUGCCUGUUCAAGGCCCUGGGAUGGAAGAAGAACAUCCCGGAUGCGCCUGCAAACAAGCCCCAGAUCCACGAGCGGAUCCCGUUGACCAAGUAAACAAACGAAGCGCCUUUUCUCCUGGUGAUAGGACACAUGGUGGAUCUUGUCUGGUCGUCCUGAGAUACGUGCUGAAAAUGUGAUUUUAUGUUUUUCUCUUUCCAAACUACCCAUUCCAAUACAUGAAAAAGCCC